AUGACUUGGCCCAAGUGUAAUUCCACUGAGUUGGACAUCACAAUCCAUGAGGUCAAACUCUGGAGCGGAGGCAUCACCUUCCACGAGCUAUGUGUCAUUCUCUGCGCCAUUUUCACCGUGCUGGCUUUCAUUCUGGCUAGUAUUAUUAUGAUAGGCCAUGCCACGCACUACAGCAACCCCACCGAACAGCGAUACAUUAUCCGGAUUCUAUUCAUGAUCCCCGUUUACGCUAUCAGUUCUUUUCUCUGCGUCUACUUUUACAGACAUUCUGUUUAUUUUGAACUGAUCGGUGACUGCUACGAGCCAUUUGCGAUUGCCUCCUUCUUUUCGCUGCUAUGCGCCUACAUUGCGCCAGAUUUGCAUACGCAGAAGGAUUAUUUCCGUGGUAUCGAACCAAUUAACUGGGUCUGGCCCAUGAACUGGAUGCAGAAAUGCUUCUGUGGUAAUCGCGAUAAAGGCAAGCUGCGGAGGCCUCGUAGCGGACUUACCUGGUUCAAUGUUAUCUGGAUCGGAGUCUUCCAAUAUUGUUUCUUGCGAGUGAUCAUGACAGUUAUUGCCGUUGCAGCUGAGGCUGAUAACCGGUAUUGCGAGGACUCAGAUAGCCCGUACUAUGCCCAUGUUUGGGUUCUUGCUAUCGAGUCGCUUGCAGUCACCAUUGCCAUGUACUGCUUGAUCCAGUUCUACUUCCAGAUCAAGACCGAUAUCGCGGAGAAGCGGCCCUUCCUGAAGAUCCUCUGCAUCAAGCUUGUGAUUUUCCUUUCUUUCUGGCAGUCGACGAUCAUCGACUUUUUAACUUCAUCGGGAGUAAUCAAAUCGUCCUCCACCGUCCAACUUUUCGACUGGAACAAUGCGUUGCCCAAUCUCCUCAUCUGCAUUGAGAUGUUCCUUUUCGCCAUUCUCCACUUCUGGGGUUUCCCCUGGGGUCCUUACAUGCUCAACCGUGGCGAUAUUAUGAGCAACGGUACCGACCAACGGUACUACGGUGGAUUCCUAGGCAUCAAGGCCUUCCUGGACGCUGCGAAUCCUUGGGAUCUAGUUAAGGCUACCGCACGUGGACUCCGGUGGUUGUUUGUUGGUCGCAAGCACCGCGAGGCUGAUCCCAGUUAUGAAAUGCCGAAGCGCGAGCCCGAGUAUGUUUCUGAAGCAUCUCCGGUGGCUUGA